AGCUAAAAAUGCCAACAUCGGAUGUCUAGUUUAACGCCGAUGUGCAAAACCGAUGUCAAAGCUGACGUGCAUACCUAUCUAACAUAGGUAAAUGGCGUAAUGACGCCACGAAAAAUGUAGCUCUACACGUGCUACACAGCAUUCCUAACCUAGCCCACAAUGUCUGCUCUGUGGAUAGCGCAGUCAAGUCGAGCAGUCAUUUGAAAGAGUAAGAACAUUUCAGUGAGGCAACUCAAAGGCGAAAUCCAUUAAUGCCAAGAUAAUGGAAUGAAUUUCCCUUGACAACCAACCGUUCUCUGUCGUAGAUGAUGUUGGCUUUCGCAGACUGGUCGAGCACCGGUGCACACUACCAAGUAGGCACUACUUUUCAGAUGUUGGCUUACCGGAGUUACACAGUAUUGUUGAAACUCACAUCCAUGAGCUACUUGCUAUGGGUGUCACUGCUAUUAGCUUCACAACUGAUAUUUGGACCAGCGAUGUCAGCCCCAUGAGCAUUAUGAGUCUGACAGCACAGUUGGUCCAUGAGGAUUUCGUACUGAGGAAAGCCAUAUUGCAUGCUCAGGAAUGCCCUGGUUCUCAUACCACUGCUGCCAUUUCAAUGGCAUUUGAGAACAUGUUUGAAACUUGGAAACAGGAACACUCCUUGCUCCAUUUGAACAACUGACUCGAGAAAUAAGCUCAACUGCGUCUGCAGCUGAUGUGAUACCCUGUCAUGGCAUUGAAAUGCCUGCUCAACAAAAAUGCCAACACAGACCAUCGGUUAACUUUGAAAAGUACUCUAUUGGAGGCUGUGAACAGGCGAUUCGGUGGCAUUCUCUCUGAGCCUCUAAUUUGCCGCCACCAUGCUCGAUGCUAGGUACAAGGACCGCUACUUCGAUGCAGACAAGAAACAGGGUUUACGUGAAAUGUUACAGACACAGCUGGACAAGAUGUAAACAGACACAGUGACAGUGCGCACAGAGGAAGAGAGGCCACGGGCAGACUGAGCUGAAACUUCACUGCUUGACAUGUAUGAUGAAAUCCUGGUUGAGACUGAACAAAUGAACAACGAAACAGCAAGUAAGGGAAAGAAUUAGGUUUUGAUUUUGUUUAACUGGUAAUGGAGACAUACGUAAAUACCAACAAAAUAACUUUUUGGCCAGUGUGUGUUGCAACUAUUUAACUGUACUAGAAUUCUUAAAAGGCUGCACAAAUUUAAAAAUGUGGUUAUCGGUAUCAGGUUUUUUUUGGCAAGGAAAAUAUUGGAUAUCUGACAAAAAUGUCAUAUCGGUGCAUCCCUAAUCUCCAGGCUUUCAGACUGUUAAACAGUCACCACUACCCGGCCCAGUACCCUGCCCUGAACUUUAGUCACUGUUACUAGGCCGGCUCAAUCCUGCACCUUAGAGACUGUUGCUGUAAAGACCGACGCCGGAGACAAGAAGCAGGUACAGGGAGUUGACAUUUAAUUAGGAACAGACAAAGAGCAAGACAUUAACAAGGUCAGCACACUGAUUCACAAUUACAAACGACAAUCUUUGCAGCAAUGGGGAACAGAGAUGGGGAACUGACAAAUAUAGGGGAAGUAAUAAACAGGUGAUUGAGUCCAUCCGUCAUCCCACCUGGGCGAGCCUGACGGACCGGCCGAGGGCACGGGUGCUGGACAAGCGGGCUGGGUGUGAAACCCAGACAAGCCACCAGAGGCAUGAGAACCUGGCGAGCCGGCUGAGGCAUGAGAACCUGGCGAGCCGGCUGAGGCAUAGGAGCCUGACGAUCCGGCUGAGGCAUGAAGGCCUGUCGAUCCCACUGAGGGCGUGGGAGCCUGACGAGCCGGCUGGGCGUAAAAACAUGACGAUCCGGCUGAGACCUGAUGUGGGAUGGGCGCCUUCCGUGCCAACCGGGGCAAGAAACCGCUCGAGCCAGCUAGGAAGUGACAGCCUGACGAGCUGGCUUAGGCACCCCCGGUUCCAUCAAUGUCGGGCCCCGGACCCGACGUCACCACCAACCGGAACGUCAGUACUCCCUGAUGCUUCAAAUGAUAGCUGCUGCAUUCUAUAAGGACCGACGCCGGGGACGAGAAGCAGGUACGAGGAGUUGACAUUUAAUUAGACAAAGAUCAAUACAGAAACAGCGUCAGCACACGGAUACACAAUGACAAACGACAAACGACAAUCAAUGCAGCAGCAGGGAACAGAUGGGGAACUGACAUACAGGGGAGGUAAUAAACAGGUAAUUGAGUCCAGGUGAGUUCAAUAAUACACUGAUGGGGGAUGGCAGGUUUGCGCAAUGCUGGGAGCAGGUUGCCCUAUGUACAUAGUCAUUGACCACAGGUCACUUUAGUAAUGUUUACAUUCUGUUUUAUCCGGACUCUGACAUUUCUCAUUCUAAUAUUUAUAUAUCUCUUAGUUCCUUUAGAUUUUGGGGAUUUGGGUGUAUUGUUUUGUAUUGUCAGGUAUUACUGCACUGUUGGAGCUAGGAACAUAAGCACCCGCUACAUCCGCGCUACACCUGUGAUCUGUUAAAUAUGUGUAUGCGACCAAUAAAAUGUGAUCUGAUUUGAUUACUAUGUUACGUCAGGUCUAUGAGACCAGGCUGUGCAUGCAGAGAAUGAUUAACCAGUAUGUUGCAUCUGCAGAUUAAAUUUUAGGAUGCUGCUGUUACAUUUGAGUAUUGACAAGAAACUGUAACAUGUGUCUCUUCCUCCCCUUGGUGUCCUAUGCUACAGUUAAUCAGACUACUUUAUCCUUUUCAGGCGAGCCCGUAGUCGCGCUCGUGUUACGUUUCAUUUCGGCAUGGCUCCAGGAGAGGACUCAACCCUCCCCACAGAGUCAAGUCUAUCUCCAUGACAACCUUCUCCCAACAGGAAGUGGAGUUUCUGCAAAACCAUGGCAAUGAGGUGGGGAGGAGGACCUGGCUGUGUGUCUUUGAGCCAAAGACAGAUGCAUGCUUCAACACAAGGGACUCACAGAAGCUCAAGGAGUUCCUCCAGGACAAAUACGAGAAGAAGAAAUGGCAUUUUUCGAAGAACAAGAGCCGGAGGGAGGUGGAGGGACCCUGGAGCCCGCCGGGGGUGCAGGCCUUACCCUCCUCUCACGGCCCCCCGCCCGCCCAGGCCCCAUCCCACGCCAUGCCCCCCUCCGCCAGACCCAUACGCACACUGUCCCAGUCCCAGCUCUCAUCCUGGGGGGACAGAGUCCCCACCAUCUCCCCUGCGGACAUGAGGGCUGAUGUGUUUACCGCCCGUGCUCCCUCACGCUCCCAGAGCUUUAGAGACCCGCCAAUGAAAGAGUCUCUACUGAGAGGUAUAGAGAGACAACGUCCAGGCUCUCUGUCUUCAACGAUGGGACCACAGAGCCACGCCCCCUCCUUUCCUGCCCUCCCUCGGCCCUCAGGUCGCACAGUGUCCUCCUCGGGGGGUUUAGCCCCCUUCAGGGCCUUCCCUAAGUCUCUGAGUGUGGAUUUUGGGGGGCUCAGCCAGCAGCAGAGUCAUAGUGCACUCAGCAUCACCCCCCCAGCCCCCGGCCCAAACACACACACAAACCACCAGGACCGCUACGCUGCCCUGUCCCAACUAAACAGUGUCUUCUCUGACACGUCGCCUGGACCUACAGCACCCCCCGGUGGACUACCACAGUAUAGCACCCUAUUUGGGAACCGCCUGUCCUCCAGUUCCACUCCUGCCAGCUCUCCAGGCGUGGAUGCUGUGUCGGGAUCACAAACAUUUGCAAGCUUCCCCAACCCGUUCAGCUCCAGUUCCAACUCUCAGCAGCUACAGCCUACCCUGUCCCCCAGUAACCCAUUCAACAGGUCCACCUCAGGAGGUGACUCCAGUGGGUUCGUCAGCUCUCCAACCUCAGUGUUCCCUCCAUCCGCCACCUUCCCAACUCCGGCUACCCAGAAUGCAUUUCCACACAAGCAUGCCAACAACCAGGAAGCCAAUGGUUUUGCCUCUUUCUCUGCAUCGGACUCUCAACCCAAAGUUCCUCGUCCAAUGUCAGUGAACCCAUUCACUGGGAAUGUUUACCCGAGUAGAGGAACGUCGCGAAACCCUUUCAUCUGAUACCGGCGCCCCGGCUACCCCCCAACCACCCCUGGGCACAUGAAGACCAGUGAACUUUAGGAGCUGCUGCCAUUUCAAUGCCUCUAGAGUAUUUUCGCCUUCAGAGAGAGGGGAAACAUUCAUGCAGGCUCCUCUCCCCUCUACGUGUGUGUGUGUGUGUGUGUGUGUGUGUGUGUGUGUGUGACCAUAUGUUAAAGGUGUUUGUAUGACAAUAGAAUCCACCUCAGGGCUCAGUGGGUGCCAUCAACAAGACACACACACACUUUGCUGUUUCUCCCAUGUCCCGCUUUUGUGCAACAACAGUCCCAUUCUUAAAACAGUACGCCAAAUCAUCACAUUCGGCUUGCUUUUUUGGAGCCACCUCUGAAAACGGCCUUCAAAAACUAGCCAGUCCAGUCAGUCAGUGUGUAUCAAGUUACAGAAGGGAGAGAUAUCCCGCUUCAAGGCUAUGAAAGCUGAACAUGAUGACGAGCAAAAAAUUAUGACAAGCAAAGCAUUUUUUUCCCUUUAGUGAUGGUUAUGGCAGCCUUAACAUAACAUCCUCCUAAUGCAUGUAGAUAGGAGGACAUUACAGACAAGCCUGUCUUUCCCCCCCCCAUGUGCUGUGUGUAUGUAUGUAUGUGGAGAACACGUUUGUAUCGUUUCAUGUCCGUUUUUGUCAUGAGUAAAUCAUUUGUGUUUCAGUCUCAGGCUGCAUGUGCUUGGAGGGCUUCAAAGAAGAGAUACUAUUGAAUGUAAAAAGCUAUUUUCAAAACAAAACUGUUUUAUUUCUCCCUGUAAUGGACCAAAUAUUUGUUGUUUUGGGUGAAAAUAUGGAGAUGAAAUUGAUCUCUUGCAAACAAAAGAAAGAGUUCUAUUGAGAAAGUGUUUGUAAUGAUGUGUCCAUGUUCAUAAAUUCAAAUAUUUGUUGCGUCUUUAAA